AAACUUGUGAGAGCGCUUUCUCCAGGGACAGUUGCUGAAGCUUCAUCCUUUGCUCUGUUUCUGUAAGUCAUGGAAAAGUUUGAAACAUUCUGUCUUUGGUAGAGCUCAGGCCGACAGUAGUUCAUUCGCCAGUGCACUUUUCUUAAUAGCUAAGAUGGUGCGUGAGCAGUACACUACAGCCACAGAAGGCACCCACAUAGAGAGGCCAGAGAAUCCGUAUGUCUACAAAAUUGGCAUUUAUGGCUGGAGAAAGCGCUGCCUCUACUUGUUUGUUCUUCUUUUACUCAUCAUCCUCGUUGUGAAUUUAGCUCUUACAAUUUGGAUUCUUAAAGUCAUGUGGUUUUCUCCAGCAGGAAUGGGCCACUUGCAUGUAACAAAAGAUGGACUGCGCUUGGAAGGGGAAUCAGAAUUUUUAUUCCCAUUGUAUGCCAAAGAAAUACACUCCAGAGUGGACUCAUCUCUGCUUCUACAAUCAACCCAGAAUGUGACUGUAAAUGCACGCAACUCAGAAGGGGAGGUCACAGGCAGGUUGAAAGUCGGUCCCAAAAUGGUAGAAGUCCAGAGUCAACAGUUUCAGAUCAACUCCAACGACGGCAAGCCACUAUUUACUGUAGAUGAGAAGGAAGUUGUGGUUGGUACAGAUAAACUUCGAGUAACUGGGCCUGAAGGGGCUCUUUUCGAACAUUCGGUGGAGACGCCCCUUGUCAGAGCCGACCCAUUUCAAGACCUUAGGUUAGAAUCCCCUACUCGGAGACUAAGCAUGGACGCCCCAAGGGGUGUGCAUCUUCAAGCUCACGCUGGGAAAAUCGAGGUGCUUUCUCAAAUGGAUAUUCUUUUUCAUAGUAGUGACGGAAUGCUUGUGCUCGAUGCUGAAACCGUGUGCUUACCCAAACUGGCGCAGGGAACGUGGGGCCCCUCUGGCAGCUCACAGAGCCUCUACGAAAUCUGUGCGUGUCCAGAUGGGAAGCUGUACCUGUCUGUGGCCGGCGUGGGCACCACGUGCCAGGAGCACAGCCACAUCUGCCUCUGAGCUGCCUGCGUCCUCUCGGUGAGCUGUGCAGUGCCGGCCCCAGAUCCUCACACCCAGGGAACAGCUGCACGUCGUGAAAGACCGAGGAAGCGUGGAUGGGAAGUAAACGCUUCCAGAGGAACUCAGAAAAAAAAAAUGUGCCAGUGAAAAAGUGUUUGAACAAAACUAUAUGAUCUCCAAAUGCACGUGGAUGUGAGACACAAAAGUUGAAGAAAUGGAAAAGCAAUGUGUUUUUCCACUGGAUUAAUUUUCACCAGAACAAUUGUGAAUUCUGCCUCGCCUCCCCCAUCGUGUCCCUGUGGGCACACACUCGGUGUGGAGUUAACGUAUGACGCUCCACUGUGGCUAUCUAACGGCCUGUUGAGAGUAGCCUUGCUCAAUACUAAAAUGCCCCAAAGUUCUAUACAGCAUUUCCUUCACAGCAUUCAAACUUCACAUCCUCCCUUCAGUUCAAUGCAAGUAUGUCAGGUUUCACAAGAAAAAUUUCAAGUUUUGAAGGGUAUUUGAGGUUGAUCUGGUUUUCAAGAUGUAGUCAAAGGAAUAAAUCACACAAAAUUAAACUUUCUGUAUAUAGUCAAUAAACAAUAAAAAUCAACCUCAUUUUUCAGA